UUUCUCUGUGCUGUCAUUAUCCCUGCACAGUUGAAAAAAGACAAACAUGAUAAACACGAUAAGCAUGUUGAACGUGCUAAACAUGAGCACCAUGAUAAACAUGGGAGGCCUGGUAAACAUCAUAGAAAGAGAGGCAAAGAAAGAUUGGAGGGCCUGAAGGCUGAGUUUGACCGUUCAGAUGACUCUGAUGAUAAUGACGAUGCAAACGAUUGGCUGUUUGAGCUUCAAGGUCUCCGAGGAAAAUGCAGCCCAAAUCCAUGCCUGAAUGGAGGGGUGUGUGAUGAAAUGAGAAAGAAUUUCAAAUGCAAAUGCCCCAAGCAGUUUGUAGGUAGAAAGUGCGAGAGAGGGAAAAGGGUUUGUAAGAGGAGAAGCUGUGGGGCAGGACUAUGUCUUCUGACCUCAUCUCCUCCCUACUAUAAGUGCAAGUGUAUUCCACCAUUUGCACCACCAAACUGCAAAACACUUGCUCCAUGUGAACCAAACCCUUGUCAGAAUAAUGGCAAAUGUGUUGAUGAUGAGGAUGAUUUUGAAUGCGUUUGUCCGGAUGGUUUCAGUGGACAAUACUGUCAAAAAUGCAACGCAUGUUAG